CAAAUAAUCUGAAGGCGUGGGCACAAAGCUGGAAACGUUGACGGCACGUUUCAAUGCAACUUCUACAGUGAGUUCUACAUUUCCAAUGCAAUACAGAAGGGGCUGCCCCCACACCCAUGCUAGGCUUCCCAGGAGUCGGUCCUGCAGCGCCCGCGGUGGCGAGACGCUGCCAGGACAAGCAAUGAACACUGCAGAGAAUUUCAUCUGAUUUCCUAUCUCAACCUCUUUCACAUCAAACAGUGCGUUACAUGGACCCUAACGGAACACAGGUGGAGGCCGACUUCUCUCAGCAGGACACCGCACGCUUGCUGAUCGUGGAGGACUCCCAGCCCGACAGCUCCUCGUCCCCAGAUGACCCCGAGCUCAGUUACCGCCACCUCCAGGCCCGCUGCCUGUCCAACCUGCAGCCUCCCUCCCACAGCCCAGUCAUGGAGCUGCUAACUGGCCCGGCAGCGCCCAGGGGCCCAGCAGGGGGGCAGCGACGAGCAGUCGGGACAGAGGGAGUCUCGCGCUUUGCCAUGGAAACGGCCGCAGGUCACAGGUCAGAUGAGUGGUCCGUUCACGCAGCCGAUGACCAGCCGAGACCAAAUGGACAAACCAGCGUCCUGGACACGCGCCUCGGCUCGCGCGAGGGAGGAGAGGAUGUCACGGACCUCGCGAUCAACUCCAUCACUGCCGUCUCCUCUCAGGCUGGCCUGGAACCGCUGGAACUGUCCGAAACCCAGGAGAUGGAUCCCGUUGCCACCACUGACGAGGCGACGUCCAGAGACGAGGCUGAGCCGGGGGAGGUGAACAUAGACAAUGCGGACCCCCACAGCAAGGAAGCGGACCCUGCUCCAGACACAGGGGAAGCCUCGGAAGCCACGAUGACUGACCAGCCUCCUGCCAGGACCUUUGCUGGCUCUUCUCCUGAGAGGUCGGAGGUGACGUCGACCGUGCCUGGCCAGUCGUGGCCGGACAAGCCGGGAGCCGGGCACGAGGUGGUCGUACAUUUCCUGAUGCCCCGUGGACUCCGCAUCGAGGGGGCCUCUCCCAACACAGACCCCGAGCGGCCCCCGGCCCACUCCGCCCACCGUGCGGCUCACACAGGCGCAGACAACAUUCCCGUGGGAAAUAAAGACGUUCUGGCCGCCAGAGUCGACCGGCUGGAGGUCCUUCACUUCUCUGGCCACCAGUCACUGGCUCAGGAGAGUCUCUCGGAGAGCUCCAGCGAUAUUAUCGAGCCGUCCCAGGAGACGUUCGGGCCAACUCCCAUCAUUGUUCCCAGCAGCCCGACCGAGCAGGAAGGGGUGGAGCCAAUGGAUACCACUGCACCACCUGCCGAUGCCGCCGUGCCGGGAAGGCCGCCAUCUGAGGCGGAGGAGCCGAUGGAAAUGGAGCAGACAACCGUACCACAGGCGUCUACCCCAGUGUCUGCCGCCGUGCCAGUGUUCACCGCCAGCCAGCUGGCUCCAGUGCCAACGCUGCCCGAUCUGUCUCACGACAUUUUUAUUCCCACUCCAAGCCUGACGGAGAAGCCCAGCAGUGUCACGGGGGUCGAGUCCCCACUGGCUCGAGCGGAGCGCCGGUCAAAGUCUCCGGUGCGAGAGGAGGGAGACGCGGGGACGAUGGAGCGCGAGGCUCUGGCGGUGGAGCAGACGGAAGACGGCGCGGGCGAACCGUUCGAGCUGAGGUUGGCCGACAGUCAGUGGACGCAACCUAUGGAGACGGAGGAGGAGGAGGACGCUGCAGACGACAGCCAGGCCACGCAGGUGGCGUUAGGAUUCCCCGCGGAAAUCCAACAGGAAAGUCCGGUGCACGAGAGCCAGACUCAUCGUCUCUGCUUGAGCGGCGAGCCCCAACCAAAGACCUCCAGCAUCCCUGGACCUGGUGGUGGAGAUACCUCGGAAUCCAAAGAGAAGGAUCUUGCGGAGGAAGGGAGGAUGGGCGAAGAGUCCAAGAUGACAGAGGAGGUUCCUUGUCAGCCAGUCCCCCUCCCGCCUCGGUCUCAAGACCCUUCUUCUCCGGGAUGUGCGGAAUUGGCCAGGGACCAGCUGACGCCGAAGGAAGGGGUCGUCAACGAGACUCCAAUGGAUGAGGUUGCGGGGACGUCCGUGUUCCAGGGGGAGAAGCGGGAAUAUCCGAGUCCUCCGGUGCACGGGAUCCGUCCGAACGAGGAAGCCGAUGGUGGCGGCCAUGGCGACUGUGGGGAUCUCCGAGUUCCCCAAAGGCCAACGCAGUCAGGAUGUGCCUGUGUAGAGGAGCAACGUAAGGAAGAGGAGCCAAUGGAGGAGGAGGAUGGCGGGGAACCGUCAGGCCUUGGAAUCUCCCGCCCUCCUGCCGCAAAUUCCCAACGUUCCCAACCUGCGGCUUCCAAAGGCCGGGAGGGUGGUCUUCACACUGGGGAGGAGGACCUUUCCGGGACUGGCCUGGCCCCCGGCACGGAUCCGGGCCAGGGAGAGGAACGGAGCGGAGGGGCGCAGCGGGUUUUGGGAUCCCCGCCGGGUGUCCGCGCGUCGCCUUUGGGACGCCCGGAAGGUUCGGCGGUCACGGACUUCCACACGGAGCUGGCGGUGAAGGUGCAAGCCGAAGGUCCCAGCUCCCUGGGCGGCCAAACCGGCGCAGGUCCGCGCCACGAGACGGGGACGGGCGCAGCUCAGAACCACCGCAGGGCGGCGGAGACGGAGGAGGAGGAGGAGGGGGUUCAGCCGGGGCUGCCAUCUCCUGUUGACCUGUCGAUGGGAACCCCCAAGGAGCGGAGCGAGGGGGAGAUCCAGAAGCGGGAAGCAGAGGAGGUCCACUCCAACCCAUCGAUGAAGAGCCUCUUGGACGGUUCUGGUGACGUCCCGUUCCACUUCACGCUACCCAAGGACGACGACAUCAUCAGCAGCACCACCCCUCCCCUGGUUGGCAAGUUGAAGCAAGGCCCUCGCCACAGCACCCCGAUCGAGCCUGAAGGCCGUGGCGCGGAGACGGGUGAAGUGACACCAGGGAGCGCCAUGACAACUAGCGGGGUCACAGCGGACGGCAGCCAGCGCCUCGCUCCGAGCCCGGGCUCUCUGACCGAUGGCAAGCUGUGCCUGCGCAUGGGGCUGGAGACCCCCGUUCCCGAGGAAGAAGACCACUCGGGCCUCUUCAGCCUGGAAAAGCCUGUGUUGCCAGGGGAGUCCACGUCUGCCUCGGAGGCUGUUGCAGUUGCCAGUGCUGUGAAGAGCCGCUCGGUGUUCAGCCGUGUGUGCGAAGCUCGACGCGAGACGGAGGCGAGAGAACAGGGGGAACCCACGGCCCUGUUUCGCGGGUCUUGCAGCCUCCCGAGCUCAGAGGGGGAGUCCGAGGAGGUUUGCGAGGAGAGGGUGAAUUGGCAGCGGCGUCAGUGGACUAAGCAACACACCCAGCGUCGAUUCCCGAUGAGCCAGUCUCUGCCAGAGGAGGAUGAGGAGGUCAGCGAGACUCCAGAGGAAUCCAUGCCUGAUCCCAGCACCAGCAAGGCUUCGACCCGGAGUCCGGAGGAGAGCGAGGAUGAGGAGGUGAUGGAGUUGGAUCUGUGCAGCCAGGAGCUACCAGCCGGCAGAGCGAAGGGAACGGAAACGGCGUCUCCGGAGAGGCAGACGGAGACGCCGGUCGUCUCGGCCGUGGGCGUGAACCCGGCGGACAGGGACGGGCGGCGCUGGGGUCCCGUGGUCCAGCCGCUCGUACACACGGGCACCCAGACCGGCAGCGGUAUUGGCGGCACGAGCGGCAGCGCGGCCCGGCGAGGCAGCGCCGAGCUCCUGUCCCGUGACGCGGUGGUCCAGACCGAAGACGCUCACGGCAAGCCCCAGAUGCGCUCCAGGAGCACGUCCUACCACGCAGGCCGGGGGCCGGGAGAUCGGGACACGGAGUCGCUGCACAGCCAGGGGGAGGAGGACACGGAGCUGCCGCCGUUACCCGGGGGUCGGCACCUUCACCGGCGGGUGCGGACAAUCAGGGAGGUGCGGACCGUGGUGACCCGGCUCAUCACCGACGUCUUCUAUGUGGACGGCAAGGAGGUGGAGCGCAAGGUGUCUGAGGAGCGUGAGGAUCCAGUGCGUGAGGCGCAGGAGUUUGAGGGUGAGGUGUCUCCGUCGCGAGCUGCCGGUUCCCUGUCGUCGGGAGACCUGGCGGACGUCAGCUCGAUGUCGUCCAAGGCCUGCAGCCUGCUGCGCGUCUCCAGCAGCCUGUCCUCGCUGGCCCACAGCAGCGGCGGCAGUGGCAGCAGCGGCAACGCAGGGGCAACCGUGCAGCAGGAGCGCCCACGGGGCACUGGCGCAGCGAGGGGCAGGAACGGUGGCCCAGACCCACGAGAGUUCGCCAUGCCCAUGGGCAGAGGCUCGCAGGGCAAACUCAGGUGGGGCCCGCACCUCGACCACCCCGCCCCUUUAAUUUGGACACAUUGCCCCUUUAAUUCAAGUGCUGAUGGAACAGGGCAUCUUCGAGCACCCCCUCACCAUUCCACCACUCCCUUCCCACCCAAACCACCCCCUCCCCAGGUACUUUUCCCUGCACCUGCAGAAGAUGCAACACCUGUCCCUGACUCCCCGAUCGAUCGAUCAAGAAUCUAUUGCCUCAGUCCUCGGAGAGCCGGGCCCCACAACUGGUCGCCCAUCAAGCACCCGCUGACCGGUGUGGCGGAGAGCGAUGAGGCUUCGCUGACCACCAGGCCGUUGCCGAGAAGCCCAGCUCCCCGAGGCAGGGGCAAGAGGGGGCGGCCUCCCAUCAGAGCCUCCCUCGGGAGUUGGGCGCCCCCCACCCGUGUCUGGCGCGCCCGCCCCACCCGGACCCCCCCGGACCCCCGGCCCCGGCCCCGACCCCCGGCACCAGCAGCGGCGGCGGCCAGCAGCUUCGUGGGUCUACGCGUGGUGGCCAAAUGGUCCUCCAACGGCUACUUCUACUCGGGGACCAUCACCAGGGACUCCGGCGACGGCAAGUACAAGGUCCUGUUCGACGACGGCUACGAGUGCGAGGUCCUGGGCAAGGACAUCCUGCUGUGUGACCCCAUCCCCGUGCAGACUGAGGUCACCGCGCUCUCUGAUGACGAGUACUUCAGCGCAGGGAUAGUCCGGGCCCAUCGGAAGGAGCCAGACGAGUUCUUCUACUGCAUCGAGAAGGACGGUGUGCAGAAGUGGUACAAGCGGAUGGCCGUCAUCCUCUCCCUGGAGCAGGGCAACCGGCUGAGGGAACAGUUUGGCCUCGACCCCGGCGAGCCCAACACUCCAGUGGCCAUGGCUGCCGACAUCAGCCUGGACAACCUGGUGGAAGGGAAGAGGAAGAGGAGGAGUAACGCUGGGCCCAGCACCCCCACCCGCAAGCCACUGGACAGUCCCCGGACCCCCACCCUGUCGGGCAAGAGGAAGCUGCUCAGCUCCGACGAGGAACGGUCCCCGGCCAAGCGCGGCCGCAAGCCGGGCUCCGGCAAAUCCGGCAUGUGGAAGCCGGGCGUGUUAGCCAGCCCCCCGGAGCGGGAGCGUGAGGGGGGGUGCGGGGUCUCGGAGCCACCGCUGGAGACCCAGCACGGACCCCUCCCCAAAAACCCCGCCCUGUUCGUGGGCUACGCCUUCAUCCUCACCGCUGCCACGCAGACCGACCGGCAGAGUAACAAGCCGCCCGCACCACACGGCACCUCCGCAAGCACUGAGGAUGAGGAGUACGUGGAGACUGCAGCCUACAACAAGCAGUACACUGAGGCCCAGCUCCGAGCCGGGGGCGGCUACAUCCUGCAGGAUUUCAACGAAGCCCAGUGCAAGGCAGCGUACCAGUGUGUGUUGAUCGCAGACCAGCAUUGUCGGACCAAGAAGUACUUUCUGUGCAUUGCCAGCGGCGUGCCGUGCGUGUCCAACCUGUGGGUCCGAGACAGUUGCCACGCCAACCAGCUACAGCCCUACAAUAACUACAUGCUGCCCGCGGGCUACAGUGUGGAGGCAGACCGCAUCCUGGAGUGGCACCCGCGGACCAGCCCGUUCAAGAACAUGAAGCUGCUGCUGGUGUCCGACAUGCAGGACACGUUCCUCGGCCUCUGGCCCGAGAUCCUCAUGAUGGGAGGGGCGACGUCGGUUUGGGCAGCACAACCCCGGCACGCACAGCAAGGGACUGUACACCCAGCGUUGUUGACAGCACCUUCCUCCUCCCCCCCCCUUCCCCGCACAGAUGUACCGAUGGGGGUCUUCGACCUGAUGGUGACGGAUCUCUCGUGCCCCCCGUCGCUCCUGAAGUGCGCAGAGGCCCUGUCGGUGCCCGUGGUCUCGCAGGAGUGGAUCAUCCAGAGCCUGGUGACUGGGCAGAAGGCCGCUCACCACAGCCACCCCACCUACAAACACACCUACAAGCCCAGCUAAAAGGAAACUCCCACCCCCCCCCCCCCCCAG